AUGUCAGCCCGUCGUCAUGGUAACACUAACACAGCCCUCCAAGCUGUGGUCUGUCAGCAGAAUGUGAUCACAUUAAAGGUGAUGAGAGCAGACGGACGGUACCUGAACAUGGAUCACCUGCUGCUGCUGCUGCUGCUGACUUCAGGACUCCAGGCUGAAGGAAAACUCAACUCACCAGAGUCUGUCAGGUUGGUGGGACGAAAGAGUCGCUGUGCAGGAACACUGGAGCUGAAACAUAAAGGAGAAUGGAGACCAGUGGGUGACUCUGACUGGACCCUGAAGACAGCAGCAGUUGUCUGUCGAAAGUUAGACUGUGACUCUGUCAGGCUGGUGGAUGGGACCAGUCUGUGCUCAGGCAGACUGGAGCUGAAGUCUGACCAGUCUAACCAGAGCUGGUCCUCAGUGUGUGAAGCUGACUUUGACCAGCAGGAUGCAGAGGUGGUCUGCAGGGAGCUUGGCUGUGGGGCUCCUUCAGUCCUCCAGGGGGCGCUCUAUGGAGAAGGGGAGGCUCCAAUGUGGACCAAAGAGUUCCAGUGUGGAGGAGAUGAGUCUGCUCUCCUGGACUGUAGAAGCUCAGGCUCAGAUAGAAACACCUGCUCACCUGGCAGAGCUGUUGGACUCACCUGCUCAGAGCCUGUCAGGUUGGUGGGAGGAGACAGUCACUGUGCAGGAACACUGGAGCUGAAACUGGGAGACUGGAGACCAGUGGGUGGCUAUGAAUGGACCCUGAAGACAGCAGCAGCUGCCUGCAGACAGUUAGACUGUGGUUCUGCUGUUUCUCUAGAACUGAGAGAGGAGUCCUCAGUCAGAUCUGUGUGGAUGAUCAGAUCUGACCGUGUUCUGUCUGGAUCUGCUCUGAGGGAGUGUGUAACAUCAGCUUCUUCUUCUUCCCCCAUUGUGAAUCUCACCUGUUCAGACUCUGUCAGGCUGGUGAAUGGGACCAGUCUGUGCUCAGGCAGACUGGAGCUGAAGUCUGACCAGUCUAACCAGAGCUGGUCCUCAGUGUGUGAAGCUGACUUUGACCAGCAGGAUGCAGAGGUGGUCUGCAGGGAGCUUGGCUGUGGGGCUCCUUCAGUCCUCCAGGGGGCGCUCUAUGGAGAAGGGGAGGCUAACGGAGAUGGGAGUCCUCAGAGAGAUCUGUGUGGUGGAUCAGCCCUGACUGUGUCCAGUCUGGAUCUGCUCUGA